AUGAAGCUUUAUGUUACACAAAUGGCUGUGGAUUUCUCUGUAUUCAAACUGACCCAACAUAUUACAAUACCCCUUGAUGAUAUCUUCAAUUAA